GCUGAAGUACCGCUAUCAAAAAGUCGCCAGCUUUCAGCGCCCAUGACAAAACGCAGCAUAUUAGUGAAUUGGCGUAGUCUUAGCGUAUUUGCACCUUGCGAAGUGUUGCAACGGAUGCUGGCAAAAAUUCGCCACUUGGUAAAUAUGCCCCUAAAUGUUAACUCAAAAGCAAACAACUCCUUUAAAGGCACUCUUGCUUCAUUGUGAUUGGAGAGCUGAUUAUGAGAGCAUCUUAGCAGGGAAAGUGGUAUGGCAGCUCUUAGUCAUGUACUUAAAAAGGGCAUAUAAAUAUUGCUGCACGGGUGGGGAACGUCCUUCUUCUACCUGAAAUGGAUUGACAGAAGAUAAUGAUGCUGAGGGAUGGCGCAUUUCCCGUCUGUGGCAAAUUGUCAGUAUCGUUUCCCUAAAAAAAUUCCAAGUAAUGUAAAGAUGUAGCCAAGCCCAGGCAUGCCCCUGCUCUGCUCUAUAAUCCAUCCCUGCCACUUUGGGAAAUGCUGCUGUGGCUCGUUGCCCUGUAGCGCGCAUGCGCCAGUUCCACUACAACUCCCAGCACCCCUUACCCCAGGAGUGGUUGUUCAGCUGUGUGUGAAAGCACUAGGAAUUGACAGGUGUAAAUUGUCAGCGAACAAAACAAAAGAACAGAAACGUUUUAUCCACGUGUAUAAUGAGACUUGAUUAAACGUUCCACUCAACUGCAACAGCUUUGGCUCCCCCCAGGCCAUGUCGGGAGUCGUAGUCGCAAGUGAGACAUCCCUCUCAUUCAUCGCUGCAGACAGAUUACUUGCGGUGACUCAAUCCAAAAGAAAAAAAAAAAGUGGUGACUCAGUAUCUGUCACUUUGUUUUCCAUCCUCAUAGACUUUCCAUAGGAUGAGGGGAAAACCCUGAGAUAAGCUCCUGAGCCCCCUGACUCUCCCCAUAGCGUUCAGCGGCAACAUCCUACUCACUCUGAAACUCCACGCACUUUCCCUGGGCCAGCGCUGAUUGGCUGAGAGCGGAGAGGCAACAGGCGCUGCUAUUUAAGUCAUGCCUAGUUUUGGGACAAAUUUAAAGUCAUCUCUUCAAGCAUCAGCCAUACAGACGUCUCUGCCCCAAAGGAAUUGCGACUACUAAUAGGAUGAGGCACAUGCCAGGAAUUGUGCAACUGCUGAUUCUCCAGUGUUGGUGUCUGGUGAUUAUAACGGCGAUGCCAUUAGACUUUAAAGGGGAAAUCUGCUCAAACUCCGACUGCAAUGACAACACCACCUACAUUUGGCACCAGAUCCAUAAUAAGAUAAAAGAGCUGGCGUCCGGAGCAAGACAUCUGUUUGAGAAAUAUUAUGAAGGUCAAGGCUUCAAAAGCAAAACAGUUGACAAGUUCACGGUGAAUGUACACUUUCCAAAGUUUAAUGCAACCAACUCUUCGGAGGAAAAUAAGGCUACUGAGCUUUUCAGAAUCUUCAGUUAUGUCUCUGCUGCUCUCGGCAACAUCACCAACGCCCAGAAUAAAAUGAAUUCCAAAAAUAAAUCACUACUCAGUGAACUAGGAAAAACCUUUAGCGGAGUCAAGGGAAUUCUAUCCAAUCUGUCCUGUUUUCUUUGCAAAAAGUACCAUGUAUCUCACGUGAGUGUACACUAUGGUCCUCCUUUACAGGACGAUAGUUUUAAACAAAAGGCACAAGGUUGCAAAAUGCUUGAAAAAUACCAACAUUUCAUUCAUCAAGCAGUCAAUGCAACUAUAAUCAAUCACCCGUAUGAGAGUGAAACGCAAAAUCCUUCAAUGCCUUAAAUUUCAGGCACUAUGAAAGCACUAUGAAAGUAACUUAAUUGGGACAUACUGUAAGCUGGAACUACACAAGACCAGGAAUACUACUGUAGGUAGGCCGGAGGAUAAUAUAGUGAUAGAUGUGCCAAUUAGACACGGAAUGAGCAGUUCAGGGAAUAUGCUGUAGACUAGAGCCAAGAUCCAGCUGGUAAAGUCAGAAGCUUAACUGCAUGAUGGGAACUGAUGCAACAAUCCACCAACCAUCUGGAAGAGACUGCACUUAAUAAUGGAUUACUGAGCAGUAUGGAUUAUUAUCUGACUUUCAUUGCUUCUUCUUCCAAAUGAGAAAAAUAUUGAAGUCUUCCAAAAAAAUAAAAAAGGCAUGUGAUGAAAAGAAACCCUAAUUGAAUCAAGCCAGAUUCAAGUAUUGCAUGAAUGUAUGGGUUGUUGGAACCCAGCUUUGAAAAGGUAUCAUUUUAAAAAGGGGACACAUUUUGUGAUAGUUGUGAAGAGGAAAAUUAAUGUACAAAAGCAUUACUUUUCAUUGUCACCUACAAUGGCUUAGCAGAAAAGUAUAAAAUGUAAUACUAUAGUAUUAUAGUAAUUAUAUUCAGACCCAAUACGGUUGUCAUCGAUGCUUGAGCCCCAAAGGAUAUCUAGAACGUUUUGUUUGCUUCCCAAUCUUGCUCUUAUUCAGAGACCCAGCACUUAUAAACAUCAUCAGCCUCAGUCACAUUAAAAUAAUGAGAGACUGGUGAUGGGGGUCACAUGAACCAGCAAAGGUUUUUGUACUGAAAUUUUACAUUCCAUGUUCAUUUUGUACUGAAAUUGUACAUUCCAUGUUUAUUUAUGUAUUUAUUCUAGGUUUAUUUAAGUUAUAUUAUCCUUUUGUAAGUUUUGGUUUCUGGGAUUGUUUACAGUUCAGGUACUUUUUUUUCAGUGGUUUACCAAAAAGGAUUUAUUUAAGUUAUUUAUUUUAUUUAUUAUUUAUAUAAUUUAUGUUGACGUCCGUAAAAUUUGUAUAUUAAGUAACAAGAGGUAAUACAGGAACCUAAAACUGUAAUGCAAAUUAUACAAAACUAUAGGCUUUAUUUGCGCAAUUGCAGUCCUUAAGCACCAUGAUGCACUUUUUGUGUGCACUUUGGAGCGAAUUGGACACAGUUGUGCUGAAAAUAAUUUGUUUUGGGAUGUUGUCAUUUCCAGUUCUCGCCAUAAAAAUUAUGUCUGUACCUGACUCUUUAGGCACAAGUGCUCUGCAUCUUUUGAUACAGGCGGCUGUGGGAACCCUGGAACUACCGUCACCUUGGAGUUGGUGGUAGCUUAAGGGUUCCCCUACGUCAGUAGGUAUAGGGAAACCCUGGGGAGUAUUGGCUCUUUGUGCUUAAACACAAGUGCACAGAGUGGCUUUGGACUUAAGUACUUUGUGCAACUACAAUUAUGGUUUGUAAAUAAGCCCUAAUGUGUUCUUCCUAAACAGGGUGUAUCAUCCAAUAUCACUUAAAUAUAAAGCAGUUAUGCCAGUAAAAACUGAUGAAAUACCCAUGAAGCUGAGUGCAACACAUUAUAGUAGCUACUGGAAUCACAAGAGUGUCUGUCUCAGAAUGUCUCAAUCUCAAAAUGUAGUGUGUGCUGCGCUGCCUGUUUACAACUACAUUUCCUGAAUUCUUGAAACACUAGCAGUUAAUUGGUUUUCAUUAAAAGAAAAAAAACUCUUCCAAUAUAUUAAUUCAACCUAUAUUGCUUUUUCCCUAAAUGUGAGCUCAUUCAGCAGCUGUAUGGGUUCAUUUAGUAUUAACCACUUGUUAUUUAGUAUAAACAUGGACUGUACAGUGAUUGCUGAAUUACAAACAGCACGUGCCUUUAAAGUAAAUGUACAGGAACAAAUACAGAAUGUUACAUUGUUUCUAAUGUGUUAUGAUGUUGAGAUAUUUAUAAAUAUUUAUUUUUUUUAUUUUUACAAUAAAAUAUUUAUUUUGAAGCUGA